UUUGUGCUUGAGUCCAGUGCCACCGGCCUGGCUGCAGCUGGCUGCAGGUAGCACCGGGGUCUGUGAGCACCCGGCAUCCGGGUCCGGAACCUCCUUUCCAGCAGCGUGACACGCUCCCCUGGAGACCCGAAGCCUGGCUGACUUGUUGGAUACUGCCAUGGAGGAGCCACAGUCAGACCUCAGCGUUGAGCCCCCUCUCAGUCAGGAGACAUUUUCAGACUUAUGGAAACUACUUCCUCAAAACAACGUUCUGUCCACCUCGCUGUCCUCUAAUUCCAUGGAGGAUCUGUUCCUGUCCCAGGAUGUUGCAAACUGGUUAGAAGGCCCAGAUGAGACCCUCCAAGUGUCAGCAGCGACCUCUGCCGCCGAGGACCCUGUACCAGAGGCUCCCCUGCCGGUGGCCCCGGCACCAGCCACUCCUUGGCCCCUUUCGUCUUCUGUCCCAUCCCAGAAAACCUACCAGGGCAAAUAUGGUUUCCGUCUGGGCUUCCUGCACUCAGGGACGGCCAAAUCUGUCACGUGCACGUACUCCCCUCCCCUCAAUAAGCUGUUCUGCCAGCUGGCAAAGACGUGCCCUGUGCAGCUGUGGGUCAGCUCCACCCCGCCGCCUGGGACCCGUGUCCGUGCCAUGGCCAUCUACAAGAAGUCACAGCACAUGACAGAAGUUGUGAGACGCUGCCCCCACCACGAGCGCUGCUCCGAUGGCGACGGCUUGGCUCCUCCUCAGCAUCUUAUCCGGGUGGAAGGAAACUUGCGUGCCGAGUAUCUGGAUGACAGGCAGACUUUUCGGCACAGUGUGGUGGUGCCGUACGAGCCGCCUGAGGUUGGCUCUGACUGUACCACUAUCCACUACAACUACAUGUGUAAUAGCUCCUGCAUGGGCGGCAUGAACCGCCGGCCCAUCCUCACCAUCAUCACACUGGAAGACCCCAGUGGGAACCUGCUGGGACGGAACAGCUUUGAGGUUCGUAUUUGUGCCUGUCCUGGGAGAGACCGUCGCACGGAGGAAGAAAAUUUCCGGAAAAAGGGAGAACCUUGCCCAGAACUGCCCCCAGGGAGUGCUAAACGAGCGCUGCCCACCAGCACCAGCUCCUCUCCCCAGCCAAAGAAAAAGACACUCGACGGAGAAUAUUUCACCCUUAAGAUCCAUGGUCGGGAACGCUUCGAGAUGUUCCGGAAGCUGAAUGAGGCCUUGGAGUUCAAGGAUGCUCACACUGCAAAGGGGUCGGGAGACAGCAGGGCCCACUCCAGCUACCUGAAGUCCAAGAAGGAACAGUCUACCUCCCGUCAUAAAAAACUAAUGAUCAAGAGAGAGGGGCCUGAUUCAGACUGACAUCCUCUGCCCCAGUCAGCAACCUCCAGUCCCCUGUCCUUUCCGCCGUUGUGACUUGGGUGGUGGGAUGCACCAACGCAGCUUUUAGGAUUCUGACCCUGAGGAGAGUCCUGAAGAGAGGAAGAAAAUUCCUGUAGGUGGGGUGGAAGUUUCCAAUUGGCUCUAUGCAGUGGUGAGGCUUUUAUACCUUGCGGCUAGGACGCGGCCCCCUCUGUGAGCGCUGGUUCCUGGCCCCUGUUGGGGGAUGGGUUGGUAGUUGCCAGGUCUCUGCUGGCCCAGCGAAAUCCUAUCCAGCCACUUGUUGGACCCUGGCACCUAAAAUGAAAUUUCACCCCACCCUACGCCCUGUAAGAUUCUAUCUUGGGCUCUCAGGGUCCCAUGUCCACCAAGACCCAUUUUCAUUCCCCGCUCUGCUCAGGAUCAGUGUCUUCGAGCUCUGCCUACCCUUUCUGCCUUCACCACCCCCUCCCUUUUUAUACCCUCUUUUAUAUAUCAAUCUCUCAUUUUACAAUAAAAUUUUGUUAUCACUGGUA